UUGUGCGUGCCCAACGUCAGGAGUCACACAGAAAGUCUCAGAGCUGAAAAAUGAAGUGUUUUCUUUGGGAUUUUCGUUGUUUUUCUGCAUCUAGACAUCGAAUAUCAGACGGAAUGUGAUUUAAAAUUUGUGUAGCACUUCUCUACACAGGUUCCCGCGUGUUAAAAAGACGAUAAUACUGAUAUUAAGAGCAGCGGAGCGUGGUUUCCACUUGAGUCACCCUGUUGUCUGGGCAGGGUUUAGGGUUUAGGGAGUGAACUGGGCUGGCUGAGCUCAAACUGAGCUCCUCACACAGCAGGAAAACUGCCUUCAGACUUCAUUACAACACCCGUCCGGCUCAGUGUUUGCUUUAACUCUCACAGAAAUGCGGUUUACAGCCUCGAAAAGCUGAGAGAAGAGCGCUGCUGUGGGCUUUGUGUGUCUUUGUGAGGGAGAGAGAAGAUAAAUGAAGGACUGACAGAGUCUGUAACCCUGGCUUAGAUUCUGCCCAAGACUGACUCCUCCUUUCCUCCACAAUGCUGAGGCUGUGUUUGUCCAGAGCUCUGCAGCCAUGUGCUCUGGGUCUGAGAGGAGCACAGGGACGGUCCAGCCCCGGCCCCCCGGCACUACUGUUCCAUAUGCAGAGGUGCUCCUUGGGAACUCACAAGCAUAAGGACAAACUAGAGCUGCUAAACUCCCCGAAGGGAGCCAAGGACUUUAUCUACAGUCUGCACCCCACGGAGCGGAGCUGCCUACUCAAAGAGCUGCAGAGCUUCGAGUCCAUGGCUAUUGCUCAAGAGAGCGCCCCCUUUAGGCGAGGGCUCAGCAAGGACAAGGCUCAGGCCGAGGUCACUGAGGAGAAACUGGAGUCUUUGCCUCCGAACGCCAGCCAGCUGAGAUAUGUGCUCCUUCAUAACGCCAUCCCGUUCGUUGGCUUCGGCUUUCUGGACAACGCCAUCAUGAUCGCUGCAGGAACACAGAUCGAGCUGUCUAUCGGAGUGACGUUGGGAAUUUCAACAAUGGCAGCGGCUGCUUUGGGGAACCUGGUGUCUGACCUGGCUGGACUGGGAUUAGCAGGUUAUGUGGAGGCUCUAGCUGCCAGAUUUGGAAUGCAGAUACCUGACCUCACACCUAAACAGGUCGACAUGUGGCAGACCAGAGUCAGCUCACACAUGGGGAAAGCCAUCGGAGUCACCAUCGGCUGCAUUCUGGGGAUGUUUCCUCUCUUUUUUCUCAGUGAUGAAGAUGAAGAGGAGAAGAAGAAGAAAAAGGCUGCUGCUCAUACUGCACCCUCAGACUCCAAGUAAUUUACAUGGGUGCUUUGGACUCAGUCCAAUUAACACUAUACCAAUGGCUCACUCCAAAUUCCAUUAGCUUCUAAAUGGAGUUUUAUUUUAUUACGUUUUACCUGGAUUUAAUGGAAUUCAAGGCUCAGCUGCAAAAUAUGGGAGUUUGCUGGUUUUGAGAGACAUACUUAAGUUUUUAAUUGUUUUUAAGUUUGUAAGGUAUGGAUUUGCACCACAGAGGAGAUGUAAGUAAGUGUUAAGGGAUGGAGGGAAGGGCAGGAAGGUACUACAGCUAACGUAUUUUUCGCACUAUAAGGCGCAUCAGAUUAUAAAGCGCAUUAUGCGACACUAGUAAGGAACUGGGGUCUCGAUGUGUUUUCCUUCUAAUUUAGCAGGUGCGAAAAAACUAGUGCUUUGCGUGGUAAGUGGCAAAUGCUUAUGCUGCUCCAGCAGUGCUAGCUGGGGUUAGCAGCAGGCUACAGUCCGAUAUAUUUACCUCGGAAUGGCAAAAGAGCUAGCGCUUAGCAUGGUUAGCGAGUAAUGCUAAUGCUGCUGGAGCACUAAACUGAAACUCCUGUAUAACCCUGUAUUUAAGUGGAGUGGCUUUACUGCUCCUUAAUACCUGACUGGUAGAAUUUAUACUCAAGGUGCAUCGGAUUAUAAGGUGCACUGACGAUUUUUGGGGAAAUUAAAGCAUUCUAAUUGCGCCUUCUAGUGCGAAAAAUACAGUAAUGGGACAAGCCAUAUGAACACUUUAAGCCAACACUUGCCAGCAAGUGCCAAAAUAACAAACUGUACAGCAGCAGAAACUGCUUCUAUAUAUAAUGUAUGUAUGACUCACUUGAGAAUUACACUUCUGUUCCUCUACAUUCAGAGGAAACCAAGUUAUUUCUGGUGAGGGAUUUUACAGAGAUUCAGGAUCUCAACGUAAAAUAAUAAUAUGAUUUAAUAUUAACACAAGCUCGCCCUUUGAUAAGCUGAGAGCAAAUAUGUCAUCCUUAAUCCUUCAUUUAAAAUCAACUGCAGGAAGAGCUGGAAUAGAGCUGAAGCCUAAUUUUAUCCUAAAUUAUUCAGUAAAUGUAAAUGAACUUAUGCAAUACAAGUUAUGUUGAGAGCAGGGUGAGGGAUCGUCGGCCUGUGAGUGCAGACCUCUGCACAUGCUGUAGUCACUUUAUUCAGACUACAGCAUAUCAUAUUGAUCCCUGAUAAACGUCCCUAGCAUUUUUAGUGGUUCAGGGAUUCCCCAUCUCUAGCAAAGUCAAAGUUGCUCAUAAGCAAUAAGCCGUCAGCUGCACAGUACAAAUGAACGUAAAGGAAUUUUAUAUUAUAUUUGAUAUGAAUUCUACAUUAAUGAUCACCCUUUGUCUGCGCUUUAUUUCUGUAUUUAAAAAAGCAGAUCCCAGGUUUAAAGCCCCACUAGGUAGAUUGAGAUUUUGUGCUCGUGGGCUCCCCCUACAGUUGUCUGUAUGUUAGUUUGUAAAGAAUGAACCAGUAGUCCUUGUAGAACUGUUAGAACUAAAGGUUGGAAAGCAGGUUGCAGUUCUCGCGAGCGUUGGUCGCGGCCACCUCGGAAAACUUACAGAGUCUGGUUUGAGCUCAGAGGAGCUCCGGCACAGACACGAGAGCACCGCUAUUCCUCCUAUUACACCUCAAUGCAGCGCUGCGGUGAGUUUCAAGCUGUAAUUUUAUUUCUUUAAACAAACACUUAUCUCACAUACUCAAACUGUAAGGUGGAGCUUACACUGUGGUCCUCCAGCCACUAGAGGGAGGCCACACUUCGCUCAGGCUGAGUGGUUACACCUGGUUAGUGCCUUUAUAAGGACUGCCUACUGUUCAGUCAGUGCAGAGUCUUGAUUCUGAUUGGGGUUGCUGCAGUUGGUCUGCAGGUCUAGGUUCAGCAACAGUAUGUGCUGAAAGAAUGAGGUCAGCUGACUACCUGAAUAUAGACCAGGUUAUUCCAUCAAUGGAUUUUUUCUUCCCUGAUGAUCACGGACAUAUUCCAAGAUGGAAAGAUGAAAGUGAAAGAAGCGUGUGGGCCGAGGCAGUAAAGUAUAAUAAAAGGAUUUGUAAAGUCAUUAUUCUUUGCAGAUAUGAUGUUCUUUUCACUUUCACAGAUUUGCACUGUGCAGUUAGCAGCUAGCCCAAAGUAGCACUGAUAGUGUUGAUAUUCUCUAUUACAGGAAGUGUAGCAUUUUAAUAAAAAGAAUCAUGCAGAGUGAACAAAGCCUCAAAGCCUUUUACAGACUUACGGAAGUCCCCUUUUAUUUCUAUGCAGAAAAAAAACACUUUAGUUUUUAGCAUGUUUAAUAAACAACAAACAAGCAAAAAUGUUGAUAUAUGCAGAAAUAUGGAGUUAUUCAUACAGCAAAGCACAGCAAUAUUAGAUGUUAUUUAAUAUGUAGAUGUAUGGCUGUGUGGGCUAAAGCCUGCCGUCAGUUCUUACAGUAGUAAAGUCAGUAUUGGUUAAGUAGGACAUGAGUUGAGGUGAGUUUUUUUUUUUAUUGUUUUAUUUAACUGAGGUGAAGUAUGACUGUGGUUCAAGAGGUUUUAUUUCCAGGGUUUUUUAAUACUGGAAUAGAAGGUGCUGAUGAUCACAGUGGGAAAACAAAUGCAUUAAAGUUAUGUGAUGCAGAUAUGUACAUUAUUACCACAUUAAUAAACUAUAUUACUUUACCAUAAUUGACUAAAUAAACAUGAUAAUAUUUACUAAUCUGAAAGUUAACUGAAAGGCAGUGUUAAACCUUAUUUAUUGUUAUUUGUCUAAAUUUAUUUGAAAGAAAAAUCAAUCCAAAACCCUUAAAACCCUCUAUCAGAUCCAUGAUGCUAAUAAUAAUGAUUAAUCCCUUUGUAAUGGUAAACUAAACAAAUUCUAAAUAAGAAAACACUGGUUGAUUUCAUAAGUUUUCUUAUUACACCAUCCCUUUCAUUUUUAGACAGAAGUGUGUUUAACAUUUAAUCAGAGGGUGAAGCAAUCCCUUACAUGGUUCUCAGUAGGAUAAACAUCAUUAUUUGACUUUAUUUAUAAUAAAUUAAUGUCCAUACAUAAAAUAUGCAUAUGUGUAUGAAUAUAUAUAGAAGUUUAUUUGGCUAUGCAGUGUUUAUUUCCUCAUUUGUUGCCUCAGGGCAACAUAACACAGUUUUGUUUCUUAACUCUGAUCACCACUGAAGAACGUAUUAUUUAAAUAUUUUAAAAAUAUAAAUACAUGUAUUUUUUUUCCUCAGAAUUCCAUUUCAUGUAUAACAUUGCUGUUCAAAAAACAUAUAUAUCUCCAAAAUAGCAACUUUACAUGAGAAAGAAAUAUCAGUGUAAACUCUCAGUGGAGAUCUAAAUAUAAUGAUUUUAUUCCAGGUCAUUUUAGAGCAUUUCUAUUGUUCCAUUCAUUGUGACAUUUUAAAUAUGACUGAUAUAUUCACUGGAACCCUAAGCCCAAAAAAAAGAAGGAAAGUUCUCAAUUAAUUAAUAAAUAAAUAAAUAGAAAAGCCUGUUGUGUUGAUGUAAUAUAGUUAAUUAGUGUAGAAAGGAUGUCCAUAUAUGUGUCAUGUAAAUUAGAUGCAUUUUGUUUUCAAUGUGGGGAUGUGAUCUUAUAAACACUAUAGUUUUAUAUAAACAUACACCAUAUGUCCAAAAGUUUAUAGACACCUGCUCCUCCAGAGUUCAGUACGAAAUAUUUUGUAAUACUCCUUUUGUUGGAGUAACAGUUUCUGCUCUUUUGGAAAGGCUUUACACUAGAUGUUCGAACAUUGUUGUGUGGAUUAAGGAAUGAUAUUAAAGUUGAUACAGAUACGCUCCAAUUCUUCCCAAAAUACUGGAUGGACCUCCAUCAUUCCAAAUUACACAGUUCCACUGCUCCACAGCUCAAAAGGUGGGGGGAUUUAUACCCCUCUAUCCAGAUGAUGCUUGGCACUGGAAUGAGAGUCCCAUUGUAUUGCUCAGUGCAUUUGUAUGAAUAAUGUCUGCACCAGCUUUUAAUAAAGGUGAAUUUAAUACACUCCCAGUUAGGGUUGCAUAAACUAUCGUUUAAGCAUCGUCAUCGUAAUGUGUGCAUGUGCAAUAGUCACAUCACAGGACGUUACAGGCAAUUAAAUCAAACACGUCAUGUUGCAGUGUUUGGAUUGUUGACACAAGAAGUAGAUACACAGCGCUGUCUCUGUGUCUGUGUGAGUGACAGGCUGCUGCUGCCUGAGAAGCGAGAGGGGGAGGGGGAGCGUGAGCGGGGGCAGGAGGUAACCACAUGGAUGGGGACAUGCUAGUAAACACACAUGUGGAAAGCUGUUCCUCACUCCAGCACAGUUUUGCAGCGCAGAUAUUUCCAGUUACAGCUGAAUUCACGCUUUUAAUCCCGGAAAAACACUCUUAUUUUCCCUUUUAAAAGCCAUUAAAAUGCCUGAUUAAAGGGCCGAUUACUGUUGUUUUGCUGUUUUCCUCGGAUUUUGAGAGCUUACAGCCUAAAACGGCAUAAGAAAAGAAGAAUGCUUAGUCAGUCUAUUCACUAGUAAUUCACUUUAGUUUAUCCGUUCCAAUACUUUUGCUCACAAAAAAAUGUGUGGGUUCAGACUAACAGUGCAGAAUCUUCUAAACUGUGCAUCAAAUCCAGAUGUAAAUACUUGGAAAUAAAAACUGAAAUGUU